AAAAGCCAUAGAGCUGUGAGGUGACUUUCCUUUUCCGGUCGGGGCUGAGGCGGAGACGGGCGCCGCGCGAGGGGCUCCUCAGCGGUCUUGACGGCGCCCAUCAUGGCUUGUACUCGACCAUUAGUAUCGGUUUACUCCGAAAAGGGAGAGGUUUCAGGUAAAAAUGUCACUAUGCCUGCUGUAUUCAAGGCUCCCAUUCGCCCAGACAUUGUGAAUUUUGUUCACACUAAUUUGAGGAAGAACAGCAGGCAGCCCUAUGCCGUCAGUGAACUUGCAGGGCACCAGACCAGUGCUGAAUCCUGGGGUACUGGAAGGGCAGUUGCUCGUAUUCCAAGGGUUCGUGGGGGUGGAACUCAUCGAUCUGGCCAGGGUGCUUUUGGCAAUAUGUGUCGUGGAGGUCGCAUGUUCGCCCCAACCAAAACUUGGCGACGCUGGCACCGCAGAGUGAACGUCACUCAGAAGCGCUAUGCCAUCUGCUCUGCUCUGGCAGCUUCUGCCCUUCCAGCUCUAGUCAUGUCUAAAGGUCACCGCAUUGAAGAGAUUCCAGAACUUCCUCUGGUAGUUGAAGACAAAGUUGAAGGCUACAAAAAAACCAAGGAAGCUGUUCUCCUACUUAAGAAGCUGAAAGCUUGGAAUGAUAUCAAAAAGGUCUAUGCCUCUCAGCGCAUGCGGGCAGGCAAAGGUAAAAUGAGGAACCGCCGUCGCAUCCAGCGCAGGGGACCUUGCAUCAUCUAUAACGAAGACAAUGGCGUCAUAAAAGCAUUCAGAAAUAUCCCAGGAAUUACUCUUCUGAAUGUGAGCCAGCUGAAUCUCUUGAGACUUGCUCCUGGUGGCCACGUUGGACGUUUCUGCAUCUGGACUGAAAGUGCUUUCCGCAAGUUGGACAACUUAUACGGCACUUGGCGCAAGCCUGCCACCCUGAAAAGUAGCUACAAUCUGCCAAUGCACAAGAUGACCAAUACUGAUCUUGGAAGGAUCCUAAAAAGCCAGGAGAUCCAGAAGGCCCUACGUCCACCCAAGAAGAAGAUUCAUCGUAGAGUCCUUAAGAAGAAUCCACUGAAGAAUUUGAGAGUCAUGUUUAAACUGAACCCAUAUGCCAAAACUAUGAGGCGUAACACUAUUCUGCGCCAUGCUAAAAAUCACAAACUCAGAGAGGAGAAGGCAGCGAAAGGGAAAGCGAAGAUCCAAGUUGCAGGUGCUGAAAAGAGUGAAAGUACAGCAUAAAAAGCUGCUGCAUUUUUAUGAUUCAAUGCCCAAAAGAUGACAAUUUACUCAUAAUAAAAAAUAUAUACAAA